UGCCUGAAGAACAGCUCCACAACAUCGAUGAGUACGACCUCAACGUGGUCCGCCUCUGCUUCCAAGCUUUCCUCCCCGACGAACACGGCAACUACACCUUAGCUCUUCCUCCUUUGAUUUCCAACCCCAUCUAUGACAACAGAGCUCCCAACACCGCAGAACUGAGGAUUUGUCGUGUGAACAAGAACUGUGGAAGUGUAAAAGGUGGAGAUGAAAUAUUUCUGCUGUGCGACAAAGUUCAGAAAGAUGAUAUCGAAGUCAGAUUCGUCUUGGACAACUGGGAGGCCAAAGGUUCCUUCUCCCAAGCUGAUGUUCACCGUCAGGUCGCGAUUGUGUUCAGAACGCCGCCGUUCCUCAGAGACAUCACCGAGCCCGUCACCGUGAAGAUGCAGCUGAGGAGACCAUCAGACCAGGAAGUCAGUGAACCCAUGGAUUUCAGAUACCUACCAGAUGAGAAGGAUCCAUAUGGCAACAAAGCAAAGAGGCAGAGAUCAACGCUGGCUUUGCAAAAGCUCAUAAAGGACUGUGGAUCAAGUGUGACAGAGAGGCCCAAAGUGGCUCCGUUCCCUGGUGUCCCUCCUGAAGGGAAGAUGAUUAAGAAAGAACCAAACAUGUUUUCCUCUGCGCUGCUGAUGCCGGGGUCGGGAGCCUUGGACAACUCUAGUCAGAUCUACCCUGUGUGCAACCAGAUGCCCCACGCGCUGGCGCCGGUGGGGCUGGGGAAGCAAGACACGCUGUCCUCCUGCUGGCCGCUCUACAGCGCCCCAAAUUCAGCCGGCAGCCUGCUCGGGGCACACACGCAGAACAGCUUUGGGGCAGACGUGUCCCAGCCUGGUGCCCAGGGCGGCGGCUCCCUCCCAGCUUUCCACGACAACGCUCUGACCUGGCCUGAUGAGAAGGAUUCGGGCUUCUACCGGAAUUUCAGCAGCACGAACAGGCUGGGCACGGUGUCGGUGUCAGGGCCAGACAUGCGGAGUGUGUCCAGUAACAGCAUCGCGCACCCGGCUCACCCCUCCAGCAUCUCCACCGCCGGCAUCGUCAACAUGGAGACAGACGACAUGACCUGCACCAGUAUGAACUUUGAUAAGUACAACCCCGUGCUGAACAUGAGCAACCCCCGGCAGCAGCUCCACGCGGUGCCCCCAACCUGCCCGUCGGGAGCAGCCCCGGGCACUGUGCCCUUCAACCCGCAGCCUAACUUAGACGACCCAGCCGUUUACAACUUUAUAGACCAAGAAGUUUUGAGUGAAUCAAGACUCUCCACCAACCCCCUCCCAAACCCUCAGAGUAGCAUUGCAGAUAACCAGUACUAUGACACCGAUGGUGUCCACGCUGAUGAGCUCUAUCAGUCUUUCCCAUUUGAUAGCAUAUUACAGAGCUUUAACCAUUGA